GCAGUGGGGGGAGCGGAGCGCAGCGACCGGAAGCGGAACGGGAGUGGGAGCCGGCGGUGGGGGGAGCUCGGGCGAGCGGCGUGGUGCGGGUCAGGUCAGGUCCCCUCUCUCUCCCCCCCUCCCUGACUCAGUCGGACUGUUGGCGCCGCUGCGUGAGCUGCAGCAUUAUUCUGAUAUGGCAGACUCAACUAGAAACGGCCCCCAGGGCGGUAUCUUGCAAUACAUGAUGGCGAACAAAUUGGAGGCUGCCAUGUGGCUUUCUCGGCUUUUCACAGUGUAUUGUUCCAUCUUGUUUAUAUUUCCUUUUAUGGGAUUAUAUGAGGCUGCCAAUUUUUACCAACGUGCUUUGCUGGCAAAUGCUCUUACCAGUGCACUUCGAUUACAUCAACGUUUACCUCACUUCCAAUUCAGCCGUGCUUUUCUGAGUCAGGCCCUGCUGGAAGACAGCUGCCAUUAUCUCCUUUUCUCAUUAAUCUUUGUCAACUCCUAUCCAGUUACUAUGAGUAUUUUUCCAGUUUUUCUAUUUUCUCUGUUACAUGCUACAGCCUAUACAAAGAAAAUUUUUGAUAUCCUGGGUCCAGGCAGUUUGGCUUUUUUGAGGGCCAUAUUAGAUAAAAUUUCAGCCAAUCAGCAAAAUAUUUUGAAGUUUAUUGCUUGCAAUGAAAUUUUUCUGAUGCCGGCCACAGUCUUUAUGCUGUUAAGUGGCCAUGGAAGUUUGUUGCAGCCAUUCAUUUACUACAGAUUUCUUGCACUCCGAUACUCCUCUCACAGAAACCCCUACUGCCGAAAUCUCUUUUCAGAACUGAAAUUGCUGUUGGAACAUUUAAUCAUGAAACCUGCCUGCCCUGGAUUUUUGCGAAACAUGUGUCUUAACUGUAUUUCUUUUGUAAGUCGAUUGGCUCCCACCACAAAUUGAAGUGGAAACAACACAUCCUCUAUGAAAGAUAAAUAAAUAUGCUGAGCAACUGAUUAACGUUACUGGCUGUCAGCCUAGAUAUAUUCCACAUGCUUGUUUAUUUUAGAAUCUCUUUUAUUUGAGAUUUUAUCUUUGUCUGAAACAAAAUUUGUUAAACUGAAUUUCAGUUUUUCAUUAAAUUGCUUAAUGAAAAUGGUUGGCUAAGCUGUUGAACAACUAAGAUGUUAGUAUGGGUUUUAAUUUUUAACUGAUUUAAUGAUGGUGAAAUCAAGACUUGCUUUUAGUCAGUAUUGGAAAAAUGGCACUGAAGGUAAUUGGUCUUGGUGUAAGAUUGUUUGGAUGUUCACAACCUUCGAUUUUGUUGUCUGUACCCAAGACCUUGUACAUUAAUAUAUAGGGUGUCCAAUUCAUUGAAUGGCUGGAUUACACAUCUGACACUGCAUCCUGAAGUGUUGUGUGAAAUCGAGUACCAAUAAAGUGGCAUUGGUUGCCCAUUAUUUCUCUUAAAUGUUUGUUUCCCAAUUAUCAGAAUACCCAAUGAAUAGGCUUACCAGAAUGAUUUUGAGAUGGUACAAAUUAAUCAGAUUACAGAUUAAUUGAGGUAAAUAUUAAUAAAGUAUGAAUUUCAAAUUGUGCUGUGGUCAUGGCAGAAAAAAUGCUCACUGGGAUUUGAGGACUAACAAUUUUGAAAAGUGCACCUGAAAUCUGUUUCAUACUAUCUUGCAUAAAAAGGAUCUAAUGUUGAUUUUAUAUCAGGUUUUCAAUAUUUGAAUGAUGUAUAUUGAAUGCAUGUAACUUUUACCAGCAAUUUGCACUGAAAUCGUUUGCAUUCUAGUGGGCAAAAUUUAAUUCUUUCUAUCUGAACCUGUAUUGGUAUAGAAUGUUCACAAUAAUGAAAUACAAGCUAAAUUAGCUAGGAAAUUUAAAAAUAAGCUUUUUAAAAAUGUUGUAUGUUUAAAAUUUCAUACAUGGUGAACCAAAUAUUUAUGUAACCAACUUUUCAUUCCAACCAAUGCAAGACUGACUAUGACACUGUUAUGUAGUGCUGGUGUUUUGUUUUAGGUUUGUUCUGUCAACCCAGCUGUGAUAUGUAUUGUAGGGAAUUUUAUUGACUGAAGUUCCUGUACCUAAUAAAGCUUAACAUUGAA